CAUGUUAUUUUUUUAUUUUUUGGGUGGAAUAAAAUGUUAUUUUUUGUUUUGUUGUUUUUUUUGUCGCCUCCUUUGUCGGACCCAGAUCACACACUGGCUCAGACAGGGAGUUCCCAGCAGACCAGUAACGGUGCUGUACUGACCUCUGCUGCUCGAUCCUGGUACUGACGUUUUCCAGAACCGGUGAGUUUGUGCAGGAAAGUGCGAGUGUCCUGAGUCGCACGCGCUCCUUUUCCUGCGGAACCUGUGAAUUGUUUCUGUUCAGAAAAAUGAACGAUGAACAAAUAUGGGCUUUAGUUACACUUAAGCUAUAGCAUGCCUAAUGAAUGAAAGGAGAACGCAUCAGUGACCACGUCUGGACCCGCAGCGAAUCACAGUAGCAUUAAACUCCACUUCACGUUCAUGCACUUGUUGAAGCGGAGCUUUGGCCCAAGUGACGGUCACAAGUGCAGCUGUGGUGGGAGUGUGUUGAACCCUGACGGGUUCUAUAUUUAGCCUCAUGGCUGCGGCUUCUCCGGUCACAGCCCGUCCCGUCCGGUCCGGUCCCGUCCCGCAGCUCUGCGGCUCCGCGUCCGUCAAAGUGCUUCGUGGUUCCGAGUGUUGCUCCACGUUGGAGAUCUUCGCCUGCGUCUCAUUCUCCUGCUGGUGCCAUGCUAUUGGGCAGCCGUGCGUGAGAAAACAUGUGGUCAGACUUGGACUCCAGAGAUGGCGUGAUGGAGAGGGGGUCCAUCCCCCUGGACAUCGACAACGUGCACAUGCUGCUACAGGGUCAGUCUCACUUGGAACAGCAGUAAUAGUAAAUCUUCAACGGUGUGAAAGCUCUUUAGGCUAAACUUGUGAGGACUCAUUGUUUUUGGUUUGUUCUCACAUAGAAAGUCUGAGGUCAUGAAAGAGCAACAAUAAGCUCUGUGUCUAUAUUUCACUGUUUUAUCUCAGCUUCUAUGCUUUUAUUACUCGGGGGAGCAAUUUGAUGACCUCCAUUCAGUCUGCCGCUGGCCCUGUCCCGUUUCUAUUUUAUUUAAUUCAUUCAAGCUCACGCCUGGUUCGACCUGCUGAAAGCGAAGCUCUGCUCUGGGACAUGAGUCAUAUAGCACCGAGGCACCUGGAGGCAGAAAGCAGGAGGGUGGAGGGAAUAACAAACGCUGCAGCUGCAGCACUUUUGAGCUGUGACUGAAUACAGUUGCUGCUUGUCAGUAAGGUUAUGAGAUUCUACCUGUAAAAAUAAAGCCAAGAGUUGAAACUGCUCAAAUGAGAAGAUUUUAUUCAACAAAACGAUUGGUUCUGCAGUUAAUUCAACACAUGGGUCCAGUAGCUAUUUACUAAAGAGUAAGUAAUCACAGAAUUCUAACACAACAUUAAAUCUGACUCCGCCUGUGGCGGCUCUGCAGGAGCAGGUGCCUGGUGUUCAGUGUUCAUUUGAUCACUGCCUGAUCCUCUGUCUGCUGGUGAAGUCAUCUGUUAGUGAUUAAAGAUGACUCUAAGGUCACAGAUCAGAAGCCGAGCGUCUGUCGCGGUGCUUCCACCUCUCCCUGCAUGUCUACCUUCAUCCCCGUGUCUGUCCUUCACACUGCCGUUCACUGAUUUCACCCACCUCCACCUAUUCUCCGGUCUGUUCUUCACUGAACCACUCUAAUUGCAGGCCUUUCACAUUUCCUGCCUGCGUUUAGAACACUGGGUUUUUGGUAAAGCUUUUUUUAAACAUUUUUUCCAGCUGGUGCAAUGAGUGGAUGACGUGAGCCCCUCGUGUAAAACCAGCUCAUUAAAUGAGUCGACAUUUUCACAGAAUAAACCGUGUAUGUGAGGGAAGGUCACUUAGAUAGUUUGAGUUAGGUGUGAAUGUUGGGAGUUUCCACUGACCUAUUAACAUUCAUCUUUAAACAAAGGUUCAACAAAUCAAAUCGCAGGUACGUUAAUGUGGAAAGAGUCACGCUGAGACAGCGCUGUGGAUGAAGCAUCCUUCGUCUCUUCUCACUGAGACACUUAGAUUUAGCUUUUGAAUGAGCACACAUCUUGCAGCUCUUGUUUGGGCAAGUCUGAAGCUCUGCAGUCGAACUGGAAAGAGGUGGAGCCCAGCUGAUCUCACCUGCUUCCCAGCUACAGGACGAGAGUGCAGCGUGUUAGCUGGUCAGACGAGAUUCGCAGUCUGAUCCCAUGCCGUUGGUUUUAUUUGGUGUGUUAAACUAUGUGUUUAAUACACAAACAGACCUUUGCUUUAGACUGAUCUGGGAACUGUACCUGCUGAUUCAGCAUGUGUGAUCCAACUGUGGAACAAGAACAGAUUCAGAAGCGGACCUUCACCAACUGGGUCAACGCUCAGCUGGCCAAGCGGAGGCCGCCAUGUAGGAUUGUGGAUCUGUUCAGUGACUUUCGGGAUGGCUCCAGACUGCUGGAUCUGCUGGAGGUGAUGAGUGGCCAGAGAUUUAGUCGGGAGAGAGGCAGAGGAAUGUUUCAGCACAGAAGCAACGUGGAGAAGGCCCUCUCUUUUCUGAAGAAGAAAUCGAUCAAACUAGUCAACAUAAACAUUCCUGACAUCAUUGAUGGCAAACCAUCCAUCAUCCUAGGCCUCAUAUGGACAAUCAUUCUGCAGUACCAUAUCGAGGAGCUGGCCAGCGGUUUGUCCUUCGACUCACGCCAGUCCUCCAUGGAGUCCCUGGCCAGCUUGGACUCGCGCUCCACCCUGUCGAGCCGCUCCACCAGCAGCAGCCCCCUCCCUCCUAGAGGCACCCCCCUCCACACCCGCUUCAGGGUUUCUGCCAAGAAGGCUCUGCUGCUCUGGGUCCGGGAGCAGUGCCACAAAGCGGGCUGCUCAAUAAACGUCAAGGACUUCAAGGCGAGUUGGAGGAGUGGAGUGGUGUUCCUGGCUGUCCUGUACGGUCUGCGGCCCGACCUGGUGGAUCUGUCCAAAGCCCGAACCAGGAGCAACAGGCAGAACCUGGAGGAGGCCUUCCGCAUAGCAGAGAGGGAGCUGAGGAUACCCCGGCUGCUGGAGCCCGAUGAUGUGGAUGUUCGAGACCCUGACGAGAAGUCCAUCAUGACGUAUGUGGCUCAGUUCCUGCAGUACUCCAGGGACCUGCCAGCGCCAGACGAGGAAAUGCAGACACAGUACCUGACUCCUAAAACUCCUUCUCCUAUCAACCUGCCUGUUUACUACACUCCUGCCAUUGCUGCUUCACCUUUGCGUCAGGCUACACCUGAUCGCAAGGCACAGGAAGUGACCUGCUGGUUGGUUCAGGCGUACGACGAGCUGCUGGAGGGAUGGGACUCCACAGAGGGUGAAAGCUACUCUGAGAGAUACCACGUGUUUCAGACUUUUCUGGUGUCCUUUAAUGAGCAGCGGCGCCCCAUCAUGCCUUUACUGACUGCAAUGAGACGAACUUCAAAACUAGGUGAAGAGCAGCGUGCGCUCAGAGAGGCGUGGGACGCCCUCACUGAAAAGCUUCGGGAAUACAAAAUGGAGCUGGACACGAGUCUUCCAGCCCCUCUGGACACGGUGGCUCGCUGGCUACUGAGAACCGAGGAUGCGCUGACUGAGGAGGAGGGCAGUCCUCAGGAUCAUGGACGCGCUGCUGACGAAGCCAAAGAGAAACAGGAGCUGCUCAAAGUUUGCCUGGAGGAGAUGCCGCAGCAGUUCAAGACGUUCCAGUCCUUCCAGAACCUGGAUGAGUUCGCAAACAUGAUAGUUCCCAUUGACAAAAUGGAUGAGCUAAAGAGGAGGUUCACUAGUGUGCGGGUGUCUGCAAAGUACCAUGGAAUAAAACUGGAGUACCAAGAGCAUCGCCACACGGUUUUAGAUCUGUUGGGGCAGAUCAGGACCAAGCUACGGGUCUGGAAGAGACCGUACAUCUCCCCGGAGGCUGUCAGGGUGUUGCUGCAUGAGUGGCAUGACCUGGUCAACACACAGGAGGCACCUUCUUUGUUGGAAACAGCUCUUCAUAAACUAAAGCAGAUUACAGAGAAGUAUUCCAGUAAAUCUGCCCUUGCUGCAGAUUAUCACCAUGUCAGUCAGCAGGUGAAGCAGCUAGAGGAGGAAACUGCUGUUGUUUUGGAAGAGGUGACAAAAGCCAAAAGCACCAUGGGACGUGUGCUGUCUGCCUGGGACUCCUACACCGAUUGCUUCAGCUCCCUGCAGGCUUGGCUACAGCAGGGCUCUGCAACACCCAGCCACGGCCACAGAGCAGAGGUGACUUCUGAAUCUAUGGCUGAAUGGGGCUCCCGCCAGGCCCACCUUAGUGAGGUGGGUAACUUCCUCAUCGAAUCCACAAACCCUCAAACCAGCAAGAGCCUGGCAGAGGAACUGCGCAGACUUAACAUGCACUGGGCGGAGUUCGUCAAGAGAAACACCUUUGAUGUGGCUCAAUCCAGUGCUGAUGUUCAUGCCACAUCCCAAGACCCUCACGUUUUAAUCAAAGAAGCAAGUCUGAUUCUCAAGGAGCCACUAGAGGUGAUGGCAGGUCCUUUGCGUACCUACAGAAAAAGAAUACAGUUUAUAAUGAAGAAGAUAAAAGAAGUGGAUGUGGAUGCUCUGCCUGCCUCCCCAGAGUACUCAGCAGACCAGUUACAGAAAAUAAAGCUUGCUAUACCUGAAGUGAUGCAGACCUUGUGUGAGGCAGAACAGAUGUGUGCAGAACUUCAGCACAGUGUGUCAGGUCUAGAUUGCCGCCUGGCUGAACUCUUGCACUGGGAGAUGGAGGCCAGAGAGCUUUACCAGCUGCUGAGGUCCUCAGAACGUCAUCGGCAACAGCGGGGCCAGGACCCACAAGCUAGGCUCCUGAUUUCGCGCGGUCUGCAGUUGGAGGGCCAGGUUGUGACGGAGGAGCAGGACCUGCAGGUGAUGGUAAUGACCAGCCAGAAAAACUCGCCCAUCCAGUUCCUCCAUGCCUCUGCCAUGCAGGACAAAGUGCGAGCUGCUGUCGCUCAAUCACAGGAAGCUGUAUGUAUGAUAAGUAGUUUGGGAUCCAGAAGAGACCGAAGCAGAAGUCCUCCAGAAGGGCCUCCAUCAAAAAUCUUUAUCCGAACUAAAGACAAAACUCCACUUUUGACACAACCAACUCAGCAGCUUGAGACAAAGUUAGGUCCACCUGAGCUCCACAAAACAUUUGUGCCAAAGAUAGUGGUGCAGGAAGUUGGACAGGAAAAAACGACUUCUCCACCAAUGCCUUACACCUAUGCACAAGCUGUUAUUGGAAUGAGGACAAAGUCUCCACCAGAGACUGGCUAUAUGGAUACAACUACACACAGGCUACAGCACAGACAGGAACAAGGACUCAUACUGCAGCAGAAACAAAUUAAUCGACAGAUUGAGAAACAGCAGCAAAGACAAGAUGCAAAGCAUCAACAGCAGGUGUAUCAUGUGGAACCGCUGCCUUCAGAACCACAAGAAUGGCAACAGAAAGAGGACAAAGAAAAGGUGGAGCAGCAGCAGGUAGAAGUCCAUCAGUCUCAAGUCCAGCCACAUCUGUCGCAAACCGAUUCUGACAUGAAACAGAACCAGGAUUUCCAGGAGCAGGCUCUUCCUCAACGACUUGUGAAGAAACCACCCAUGAGCUCAGAGGAACUUCAAAGUAAAAAGGCUCGGGCCACAAAGAAUCGGCCCUGGCUUCAAAAACCCUCUUCAGGAGAACAUAACGCUCCAUCCUCAUGUCCAGAACAAGAUUCCACUCAAGACCUAGUCUGGACUACACAGACAUCUGUUGAGAUUGUUCAGCAAGGGAAAGAACAACAGAGACAAACACAGGAACCUCAUUUAGAUCAGCAGCACCAAGAACAAAUUCAACAUCGGCAACUGGAACGACAGCAGAAACAACAGACACAACAGACCAUUAAAAAACCUCUACAACCAGAUUCAGAGACUCACACUGUAACAGCUAAGCAUCACCAGGAAAGCAAGUCAGAACCUCAUACAACGGUUCAGUCUACAUCCCAGAAAGUGCUUCACACACAAGUGCAGUCCACACAAGUGUUGCACACAGAUGACCAACAAUCACUGACGAUCACGUCUCAGACCAGAGUGAGCCAGGGUCAGUUACAAAAACAAGCCCUUCCACAAACUUAUAGUCCAGUGAAAUCCCAAUCCUCGAAUCAGCCGCUGACACAAGUACUGCUUCAACCCCAGGGUCCAUCUCAGCCCCCAACAUGUGUCCCAUCUGAGCCUCAGCCAGGUAUGCAAUCACAGCUUCACCUCCUGGGUGUAGCUCAUGGGCCAGCUCAUGCUCAAGUCAGACUUUCUUCACCGAUGCAGGGUCCAUUGCAUGGCCAAAUUCAACCAUCUACGCCAUCUCACAUACAAUUCCAUAGUCCUCAAAAGGCAUGGGCCCCUGUCAGACCACCGUCCCCUAAGCCACCUACACAGACUCCACCUCCAAGCUACGCCCCGUCAGUGCCGCAGCCUCCCGGCCACGCUCCCUCAAUGCCCCAGCCUCCCGGCCACGCUCCUUCAGUGGCUCCGCCCCCCAGCCACGCCCCGUCAGUGCCGCAGCCUCCCGGCCACGCUCCGUCGAUGCCCCAGCCUCCCGGCCACGCUCCGUCAAUGCCCCAGACUCCCGGCCACGCUCCUUCAGUGGCUCCGCCCCCCAGCCACGCUCCCUCAAUGCCCCAGCCUCCCGGCCACGCUCCAUCAAUGCCCGAGCCUCCCGGCCACGCGCCGUCAAUGCCCCAGCCUCCCGGCCACGCGCCGUCAAUGCCCCAGCCUCCCGGCCACGCGCCGUCAAUGCUCCAGCCAAUGAUUCCUCAGCCUCAAACCCAACAUCAAAGACAUAUUCAGCCAAAGACCCAACAAAGUACUACUGACCAAAUUCAUACCCAGGAUUUAACUCUGGUGCAGCCCCACCCUCAGCCUAAGGCACAGACUGAAAUUCGUGUUCAGGCAACUCAGGCCCAAACUUUAACUCAACAUAUAACUCAUCCUCAACCUGCAGUCCUGCCCCCAGGCUGUCCUCAGACUCCCACACCCACCUUUGCACAGCCACCAUCAGAUCAGUCUCCAGGAUAUAUGUCCCAAAGCCAGCUACAGUCUUGGACUCAGGUCAGAGCCUCAUCACCAAUGUCUGCACACCUUCCAAAGGGUGUGGCACAACCUCAGCUUUUCCCCCAAGCUUACUCCCAGGCCUGUUCACCAUCCCAGCAGUGGACACCCAAACCAGACCCACCAAAUCAAGCCAUUGUCCAAGCAUAUCCUCAGCAAAUGAGCCAAGCUCCUCAGUCUUUUCUAUCUGGUCCGGCUCCACCUCAGUGGCCUCAAGCUGGGCCUCAGCAGGGACCUCAGAUAGGGUCUCCAGGAUAUCCUGUCGCGGGACCACCAUAUGUUCUGCCCCAGAUGCAGCCACAAACCCAAUCCUGGCCUCAGACACAACUCCAAAUAAGCCCCCCCAGUGUCAUGCAAACUCAAAUGAGAGCAUACAAUGUGGUUCACAUCCAGACUCAACAAGAUCAGGUUCAACAACAGACUUGGAAUCAGGCACCACCGCAACUUCAGCCCCACCCUUCUCCCCAGACUCGCCCUCAGCAGUAUCCACAGGUUCAACCUCAAAUCUUCCAUCCCUCUCAACCUCAAAUGCCUCUUCAACCACAUCCACAACAUGUACAGCCCGAGUACCAGUUAAAAGCAGAAUCUCAAACUCACUUCCAGAUACAAUCCUCCAUUCAAGCACAGUUCCACACCCAGCCUCAACUCAAUCUACAGUUCCAGCAACCUGUUCUACCAGCCAAACAUGAAGCCUCGGAGAUUCACUCACAAAGUCAAACAAAAGAAGAAUUGCCUCCACAACAACAAUCACCAGUUGUUCAGUCAUCUACUGAAAUUAAAAUUCAGCCUCCAACCCAACCUAAGGCUAAAUUACCACCUCAAUCCAAACGUGAACACAUGCCAGCACAAGCCACAGUCCAGUCACUGAGCAAGUCCAAUGUUGAAUCCAUCCAACAAAUGCAAAUCCAAACCGCAACACAGCACAAGACUCAAUCACCAGCAAAACCCAAAAUUCAGUCAACAACCCAACACAAGUUUCAGACAUUAUCUCAGUCACCACCAGAGCUGCAUCAGGCUCAGUCACAACUACUGCCCAAGGCUCAAACAACACAACAGUCCAAUGCUCAGUCACCCCUACAAGACAGACCACAGACCCAACUCCCUCUACAGUCAAAACCCCAAAGACAAUCUCCACCUGAACCCAAGCCUACACCUACACAAACCCUUCUUCCUCAGGUCAGUGUUCUUCCUCAGUCCCAGGCUGAGUCACCAGACUUUUGCGGCAUACCUCCGCCCCUGGCUCAGGUACCUCCUCAGGCCUACACAGAGGCUUAUGCCAAGGCCCAGGCUUUGGCACGGAAUGGCUUUGAGGAGGCCAAGCACUGUCUGCAGCAGCACAUCCUGGAAGCGAUCAGCGUCUUCAAGGAUAAACGUAUUUCACCAGACCAAGUUUCAGUGAAAGAGGAAACUCUCAGAACCUUGGACCCGGAAUUAUUAGAAGAGUUCCUCAGGGCAGCCAAAGGCAUGGAGGCCUUUUGUACCCCCUCACAGCUCCGAGACAUGGAGUUCUUCACUCAGUCUGUAAAGACACAGUGGGAGGCUGUGAGAGCCGAGAUCUUUGGUUUUUUACAACAGUUACAGUUUGAAGUAACAAGGAAAGACUUUAACAAAGCUGGUCUGCAGUGUGAGAUCCACUUAAGCUCCCAAAUAGAUCAACCAUCCCAGGCUUGCUUCUCAGAGGCUGGAAGCUUUGCCCAAGCAGAGCAUCACCUUGAGGCCUUGAAAGAGCUGUGUGACACCCUGAGUCCAGAGGAUGCACACCUCCUGGCCCAGACUCAGCUGAGUGAGUGUGAGAAGAGGCUGGCUGCCAUCCAGCACCAGUUCAGUGGGGACCAAGAAGCACCUCUACCUGAUUCUAGGGUUCCAGUUUUCAGUGAAGAUGUAAUGAUACAAAAAGAGACUUCAAAACUGAGUGACAAGCAGCAGGUCUCCGCUGAGGUGCCUCAGGUCACAGUAAAGACAGUCAGUAUGGAGAAGAGGGAGUUUCAGACACAGGUGUCUACUGAGGAAGAAGCCAGCAAAAAGGAGGCUGCAGAAAGAUAUGAAAGUUGUAAGAAGACACUGCAAACACAACUGUCUAAAAAUGAACAGGCCAUCAACGAUAACCCCUCUGACUCAGUGUCUCUCAAAGGGCUGCAUACACGACUGCAGGAAAUACAGUUUUUGAGGCAGGAAACUGGAUCCUUAUGGUCUGAGUAUACAAACCAGUGCUCUUCAUUCACUGGGAGUAGUAGUGUAGAGCAGGAGAAGGCAGAGCUGCAGGAGAUGUGGCACAGCCAACAGUCCACGCUUCAGAGGAGAGGCAGCUCUUUGGGCACUGCCCUCAGACAGAUCGACUCCACCGAGAACCACAUGGUGGACUUCACCGACCGCCUGGAUCGUUACCUCAGACUGCCCAAAGACAUCACUGCCUUCACCCUGACCAAUACUAACAUCCUGAAGGAUAUUAAGGAACUGGAUGACAACAUCCAGAAUGAACUAGACCAGUUGUCACGUCUGGACUCUGAAUCCAGUGAUCUUGACCCCAGAGAUAGCUUCCCUUUGUCCCGUGAGGUUGAGACUCACAAGACCAGUCUGGAUCAGCUCCGACAGCAGGUUCGGAAGAGUGAAGCAGCUGCCCGCGCCCUGGACCGCUUCCUUAUGUCGCUGCGAGCUGUGGAUGAAGAUAUAUCUGGAGUCCAGGGCGCCCCCUGCAGUGACGCUGUCAAACUGCAGGAUUGUCGUUCUAAGCUGUCUCUGAUCAAGCAGAGCAUCGAGAGUCUAAAGGAAAAAGCACCUCAGCUGGAUCUGCUCCUGCAGGGGGCCCGACUGACGGUGACCAGGGACUGCGUGCCUGCCUCUUGCCUGGACAUGGUGACUGCCUUGCUCAGUAGGCUGGAGGAGGCUGAUGGUGCAUUGGCCAAGAAGCAGGAGGGAAUCAGGAAGGACACGCAGAACAAAUCCCUUGGGUUGAGGAAGAGGACGCUGCUGGGAGACCUCAGAAAGCUGCAACAGACAAUAGAAAUGCAAGGCUUGAAGGAGCCCACACUGCCUGCUGUGCAACAUGGGCUUUGUGCCCUGUCAGAUUUGGAGGCUCAACUGCAGACUCUGCAUGCAGAGCUUCAGAACCUUCGAGAACUUCAGAAAAAAGAGGGAGGAGGAGAGCACCUCCUGGAGGAGGUGGAGACUCAGUGGAAGCAGAUGCAUAGAGGCUUUUCAGAAAGGAAAAAGCAGUUUCACAUAAUCUUGGAGCUUUUGAAGAAGUUUCAGAGCUGCCGCGGUAACUUGAGCAGCACCAUACAGAGAGCAGAGCAGACUAUCGGUGAACAGGCAUCUUACAUGGGCAAGGACAACCUGCAGAGGAGUAUGAGCAAGGUGUGUGAUAUUAAGCAGGGGCUGAGUGGAUUGGGGUCACAAAUUGAAGAUGUGAGGGGCAUUUGCAGGCAGCUGCAGUCCGAACUAAAGAAAUUCCCAGAGUGCAGUGAGACUUCCUUUGAAGCAGAGGCUGAGACACUGAUGGACAACUGGUUGGAUGUGACUGAGAAGACAGAUUCUUACAUGGAUAACCUCCGAGUCGGCCUGGAACUGUGGGAGAAGCAGCUGAUGCUGGGGGCAGAGGUGGACAGCUGGGCAGGAGCCAAGCUGGCCCUGUUUGCAGAGAGCCAUCCCUUCCACAAUGAACAACAAGUACUCAACAUGAGGGAUGACAUCCACGCCAAUGAGGAAAACAUUGAACAUUUUCACAAGAAGUCUGCAGAGAUCCAAGAGAUGCUGCAAAGUCAGGAGGCUCCACUGGAACUGCAGGUCAUUGAAACCCAACUGAGGAAGAGAAUAGAGCAAGUGAAGGAGCUGUUUACUGACUGCACUGACGUCUUUGAGGAGCUGGUAGCUGUGAAGAAACAUCUUGCUGAAAAGAUCGAGGAGUGUCAGUCUGCUGUGGAUAAUGUCCAGUGUUCCGUCACUAAGCUAGAUGCCUCAGGCCCAAACAUUGAAUCCCAAAUACAGGAUUUGUGUGAUGAUCUGGAUGAACAGGAGAAACAGGCUGAGGAUGUGUUCAAGGAGGUUGGUUUGGUUUCCAGUGUGGCCAGUCCUCAGGUACUGGAGGCGCUGUCUGUUGACUGCAGCAAGCUGAAGGACGCCAUCUCACGCACCAGAGAUAUGAUCCACCUAAAGAGAGAGGAGAGAGAAAAGGGUCUGCUUAAAGUUAUCGAAGAUGAACGGCAGUCAUUUGAGGAAUGGUUCCAGGACUUGCAGCUGUCUGUAAAUGAAUGCUUUGAGAACCCUGAGUGCAGAACAGAUGUGGAAACAUCUCUGCAACGACUGAUUGGUUUCUUAAAGUCCAAGGAUGCAGAGCGACGUCUGGACCAGCUGAAAGCUGAGCUGGAGCGAGGCAGCCAGCAGAUUCCUUCACAGCAGCUGCCUGAGCUCACCGACUGGCUGAAGGAGCAGCAGGAGGAGGUUGGCAUGUUCAGAACCCACUGCCACAACAGGCAGAAAAAAAUAGAGUCGCUCCUCGUCGACUUGAACAGUCUGCAAAAGCAGCAUGACAGCUUCCGUGAUUGGCUGCAGACUAAAGAAAAGCAGUCUGUGGUGUCAGACAAAGUUAAACUUCUUUAUAAAGAUCUUCAGGAUGAGAGUGGUAGAGCUGAUUCUCUCAGUGAGAUGUUAGCAUCUGUCCGCAGACAAGGCGUCAGAUGUGACUGCCUUCUGAAGGACAGUGAUAACUUAAUACAGCGCUACCGGAACCUGCAGGCCAGGCUCCAGAAACAGGUGGAAGUCCAAGAAGCUCUUAAGGGGGAGUAUGACAGAUUUAACACUGAAGCUGAGAAUACUAGGACCUGGAUGACUGACCUUCUGCAAACCCUCACCUCCACUGACACACAGGCAGAGGACAUGAAGAGCAAAGCACAGAUAAUCCUAACUGCCCAGCCUACGGGAGACUCAAAGCUGAUAAACCUGAUAAGCCAAAGCCAGAGUCUGUGUGAGCAGGAGGACCUAGAAGACAGUAGAAAGGAAAAGGUCCAGCAGUUGCUUAGAACAAUGGAUGAGCAGUGGAGGCUAGUACUGCAGACAGCUGGAGAGGCUCUCAAGAAGGCAGAAACACGAGCCCUGUUAGACAACGACAUGGAUGCUUUCAGAACCCAGAAUGAAAACUUUCAUUCAUGGAUUAGAGACCAGGAGAAUAAGCUGCAGUCUGUCGCGGCUCACAUGCAAGUUGAAGAAAAGCUACAGAUUGCACAGGCGACACUCAGCUCUCAGUCUAGGGGAGAGUCAAAGCUUCAGGAUUUGAAGAAACAAGGGCAAAGUCUGUGCGAAAACCUGGACUUGGAAGAAAAUAGAAGACAAGAUGUUCAGGAUGCAAUCAGAGACACAGAGGAGACCUGGAGGGAGGUCUUGAGAGCUGCUGAGGAGGCUGUAAACAAGGCAGAGACUGAAGCUGCAAAAGAAAGAGACUUUAAUGAUUUUAAAAGCCAAAGCGACAGCAUCCGGUCCUGGAUCACAGAGCAGAGACAGAAGCUCUCAGAAACCUUCAGCAGCCACACACAGUAUGAGGAAAGGUUGCAAGUUGCACAGGCUGUUCUGAAUUCCAAACCUGAGGGACAGACCAAACUGCUCAACCUGAAGAAACAAGGUGAAGGCCUUAAGGAGAGCAGGAACACCGAAGUUCAACUUCUGAUAACAGUGAUAGAGCAACAGUGGAACAACGUGCUGCAGACUGCUGGACAGAUGGAGCAACAGUGUCUUUCUGAUGAUUUUGAGGCUCAGAGUAAAAACGCCCAGACCUGGAUCAGAGACAUACAGCAGAAGCUACAGUCAGUGGGCAGUCACAUUCCACCUGUAGAGAGAUGUCACACAGCUCAGACGAUCUUGAGCUCCAGACCUGAAGGUGAUUUUAAGGUGAACAACCUGAGGAGACGAGGCCAGAGCCUGUGUGAGCAUCAGUACAGUCAGGAAGGCAGGAAGGCAAACGUCCAGCAGACAGUCAAGGAAACAGAGGAGCUGUGGAGGGAAGUCCUGCAAGCUGCUAAGCAGGUCGAGAUUGCUGCAGAGCUUCAGAUCAGCCAGGAUGAGGAGAGGAGAAGGCUGGAGUUGAGGGAAUUUGAUGAUCAUCAGCAGGACACUGACCGUUGGCUUCUAGCCCUGCAGCAGCAAGUGGAUUUGUUGAGCAGCCAGACCAAGGCUGAUGACAGACUACAGACUGCACAGUCUAUUAUGGGCACUAAGCCUCAAGGAGAAUCAAAGCUGCAGGAGCUAAAGAGAAGAGCUCAGGGUUUGUGCAGUCAGGACAUUGAGGAACACAAAAAACAAGAGGUUCAACAAAAACUAAGAGUUGCUGAGGAGCAGUGGAUUAGAGUUCUGCAAGAGGCCAAACAGGCCCUGGAUAAGGCUGAGAGGCAGUGUGAUGUAGAAGGCCAGCUGAGGAACUACGAGUCCCUGAAACAACAGACGGGAGCCUGGCUAGAGCACAAGCAGCAGAUCCUCGUUUCUCUGGAGAGUCAAGGCGAUCCAGAAAAAACUAUUCAUACUGCACAGACUAUCCUGAGCUCCAAACCUGAGGGAGAUGCCAAACUGACAGAGCUGAGGAGAAAAAGCCAGAGUCUGUCUGACCAGGAGGACUUGGAGGAGCACACAAAACAAGAGGCUCAGCAGAUAAUAAAAGACUCAGAGGAGCAGUGGAAGAAAGUCUUACAGACCGCUGAGACCACUUUGAAGAAAGCUGAGAUCCAGUACUUGCUCAACAGAGAGCUGGAAGCCUUUUGGGCCCAAGCAGGAAGCAUUACAGCCUGGGUGAAAGAGCUACAGCAACAGGCCGAUUGUAAAGGGAAAGGCACUAUUGGCAGCCAGGCUCAGCUAAAGGACAGACUGGAGUCAGCACAGCUCAUCUUGAGCUCUAAGGCAAAUGGUGACGGCCAAGUGACAGAGCUGAAGACACGAGCAAGGAGUCUCUGUGACCAGAAGGACCUGGAGAAGGACAAGAAACGAGCCGUUGAGCAGGCAGUCAAAGAUGCUGAGAACCAGUGGAAGGGGGUCCUGCAGGCCGCUGAUGACACACAGAGACAGCUGAGGAGCGUUGUGGAGAGCCAGGAGUCUUAUCAGUACAAGCGAGGCCAGGCUGAAGCCCGUCUGUCUGCGCUUCAAGAGCAGACGGCCAGUCUGCCGCGUGUCUUCUCCUGGCCUGGCCUGGGAGAACGAAGACAGGCGGUGGAACAGGCCCGAGCCCUGCUGGACCAGAGCACGGCCCUAGCCCCGAUUCUCUCCGACCUCCGCACACAGGCUGCAGAGCUGCAUGAGAUCACACAGGACCCCUGCUGGUGUGAGCCUUCUUGGCAAACCAUGGAAGCCUGCAUCCCUGCUCUGCUGAAGCAGCAAGCAGAUGCAGUUGCCAACCUGGAGCAAGGCAUCUUAACAGAGAGGCAGUGCACCCAAUUGAUUGAGCAGCAUGAAGCAGCUCAGGACUGGCUGAGAGAACAGGUCAAAGGCCUUGGAGCUCCUCCUAUGGACAGACAGACUCUGCACAGCACUGUCAACACACUGAAGGCUUUGCUGCAGACAGUGGACCGGGAACAAAGGGAGAUGAAGGAGCUGGACACUGCCAGGGACAGGCUGAUGGGUCUGUGUACCCAAGGAGGUCAGGAUGCUGUGACCCUGGAGGUGAGUCACCUCCAGGAUCUCUGUGCCGAUUCUGAGCGCGAUGUGAGAGAGCACCUGACAGUCUGUGAGACGAGGCUGGAGGAACUGGACAGUCAGCUGGCCAGAAGGGUUCAUGACCUGACGGAGAGAGCUGCAGCCCUGCAGUGGGAGCUCCGCUCUCUGGACCAAGCUCUCAGUUACAGUGAACCACAGAACAACAUUCCUCAGCUCCAACAGCGUUGGCUCAGUCUUGAGAAUUGUAAAAUGUUACUACAGGCUUUGGGUGUGAAAGUCUGUGAUUUGCACCAGGAAGUGACAUCCACGUUAGUUGCCCAGGAGCUGCCAGCAGAAAUGAUCAGUUCAGUUGAAUCUUUAAGCAAACAACAUCACAGUCUAGAGUCCAGGCUGAUUGAGCAUCAGGCGGCCUGCUCUACAAACACUGCUCGCUAUUUGACACAUUGUCUUGACAGCCUUCAACAGUGGAGCCAGACGCCAUCAGAGCCAGUUACUUCUGCUCAGCUUCACGAAACAUUACAGGAGGGAGGAAAGCUGCAGCUCAGUCUACAGGACGCGCUUUCCCAUCAGAAAUUUCUAAAAGAUUGUCUCACGCAGGACUUGUUUGAGAAACUGGAGACAGAUGUUUCAGUGACAUUCAGAGACACUAAUGUUAAAAAAGCUUCACUAAAACAGAGCUUAAAGGAACUUGACAAAAGAAGUAAACAAAAGCGGCCUGACACGCAGUCUUCUGAUGUCCUUUCUAAAAAUCCAGAUGAAACAAACACGUCUGUGGUGGUACCACCACGGAAAAAACGUUUACCCGAAAAGAAAUUUCAAAAACAAGAUGGACUUUUACUGGAGGAAGAAUCUUUGAAAGCUGAGUCGGUGCAAAUUGAAUCAACUGCAUCAGUAGUUACUCUUAAAGCAACUGCAGAGGACACAAGUAGCAGUGGUGUUGAGCAAACCAGAACUAUAAUAAGAGAAACUGUUGGGAAAACCGAGGCCUUAAAAAAACCUGACAGCCAAAUAAUUGAAGCUGUUGUUGAAAAAGCCAAAGUUAAAGCAACAAGGAGGACAUCAAAGGAGGGUCCUGAAGAUCAGCAACCAUGUCCAACUGCCCAUACAAUCACAAAUGAAACUACUGUUGUGCAAAUGGGUAAGUUUUCAGCACCCGAAAGAAAGACAAAGGGUCUGAAGACUUCUCCAGAACUUACCACCAAGGUUGCAGCUGAGAUCACACAAGAACCUGUCAGACAGAAGUCUUUAGAGGAACCUGAGACAAAACAAACCCAAAUCAUCAGGAAGUCCAAAAGCUUUGAUAUAUCUGCUCCUCAAAAGACAAUAUCUAUCAGUGGUACAACUACUCAAGACGAUUCAAACCAAACUGAGAAAGACGCUACUUCAGUGGUUCAGGCAGUCAUCAGAACAGCUGUUGGUACAAUUGUGGAAGAGCUGGAGCAGUCACCAACCACAACAGUGUCAACAAGCUCAGAGGUCCCUCAUCUUGGGGAAGAACAGAGCACAGAGAAGCCUAAUAGUCCAGUAACUGAUGAUGCUGUUGUGGAACCAUCCAGAAGGACGUCAAAGGACAUUCCUUACAGUCAACAACCAGCUUCAAGUCCAGAUAUAAUUAAAGGACCGACUAAGACUACUGAUGUGGAAUUAGGUAAGGUUUCACCACCCAAAAGAAAGACAAAGGGUCUGAAGACUUCUCCAGAACUUUGCACCAAGGUUGUAACUGAGAUCACCCGAGAACCUGUCAGACAGAAGUGUUUAGAGGAAACCCAAAUGAAACAAACCUUAAUCAGCAGGAAGUCAAAAGGUUUGGAUGUUUCUUCUUCUCAAGAGCCACUGUCUCCCCCAGUUGGAACAACUGAUGUGGCAUCUGUGGAAGUGGAGAAGGACAUUGGUAGAGAAAAGACCACAUCAAUUGUACAGACUGUCACAGAAACAACCAAGUCUGUCAUAGUGGUAGAAGAAAGUAUCUCUCCAAGCUCAGGAGUUUCAGAAAGUUCAGACAUUUGUCUCUCUAAGAAAACAGAGGCCACAGAGAAACCAGACAGCCAAAUAAGUGAAGCUGUUGUUGGCAAAACCAAAGUUAUAGCAACAAGGAGGACAUCAGAGGAGGGUCCUGAAUGUCAGCAACCAUGUCCAACUGCCCAUAUAAUCACAGAACCAAAUGAAACUACUGCUGUGGAAAUGGGUAUGUCUUCACCACCCAAAAGAAAGACAAAGGGUCUGAAGCCUUCUCCAGAACUUGCCACCCAGGUUGCAGCUGAGAUCACACAAGAACCUGUCAGACAGAAGUCUUUAGAGGAACCUGAAACAAAACAAACCCAAAUCAUCAGGAAGUCCAAAAGCUUUGAUAUAUUUGCUCCUCAAAAGACAAUACCUAUCAGUGGUACAACUACUCAAGACGAUUCAAACCAAACUGAGAAAGACGCUACUUCAGUCGUUCAGGCAGUCAUCAGAGCAGCUGUUGGUACAAUUGUGGAAGAGCUGGAGCAGUCAGCAACCACAACAGUGUCAACAAGCUCAGAGGUCCCUCAUCUUGGGGAAGAACAGAGCACAGAGAAGCCUGAUAGUCCAGUAACUGAUGAUGCUGUUGUGGAAUCAUCCAGAAGGACGUCAAAGGACAUUCCUGACAGUCAACAACCAGCUUCAAGUCCAGAUAUAAUUAAAGGACCAACGAAGACUACUGAUGUGGAAGUAGGUAAGGUUUCACCACCCAAAAGAAAGACAAAGGGUCUGAAGCCUUCUCCAGAACUUACCACCAAGGUUGCAGCUGAGAUCACACAAGAACCUGUCAGACAGAAGUCUUUAGAGGAACCUGAAACAAAACAAACCCUAAUCAUCAGGAAGUCCAAAAGCUUUGAUAUAUUUGCUCCUCAAAAGACAAUAUCUAUCAGUGGUACAACUACUCAAGACGAUUCAAACCAAACUGAGAAAGACGCUACUUCAGUGGUUCAGGCAGUCAUCAGAACAGCUGUUGGUACAAUUGUGGAAGAGGUGGAGCAGUCACCAACCACAACAGUGUCAACAAGCUCAGAGGUCCCUCAUCUUGGGGAAGAACAGAGCACAGAGAAGCCUGAUAGUCCAGUAACUGAUGAUGCUGUUGUGGAACCAUCCAGAAGGACGUCAAAGGACAUUCCUUACAGUCAACAACCAGCUUCAAGUCCAGAUAUAAUUAAAGGACCGACUAGGACUACUGAUGUGGAAUUAGGUAAGGUUUCACCACCCAAAAGAAAGACAAAGGGUCUGAAGACUUCUCCAGAACUUACCACCAAGGUUGCAGCUGAGAUCACACAAGAACCUGUCAGACAGAAGUCUUUAGAGGAACCUGAAACAAAACAAACCCAAAUCAUCAGGAAGUCCAAAAGCUUUGAUAUAUCUGCUCCUCAAAAGACAAUAUCUAUCAAUGGUACAACUACUCAAGACGAUUCAAACCAAACUGAGAAAGACGCUACUUCAGUGGUUCAGGCAGUCAUCAGAACAGCUGUUGGUACAAUUGUGGAAGAGGUGGAGCAGUCACCAACCACAACAGUGUCAACAAGCUCAGAGGUCCCUCAUCUUGGGGAAGAACAGAGCACAGAGAAGCCUGAUAGUCCAGUAACUGAUGAUGCUGUUGUGGAACCAUCCAGAAGGACGUCAAAGGACAUUCCUUACAGUCAACAACCAGCUUCAAGUCCAGAUAUAAUUAAAGGACCGACUAAGACUACUGAUGUGGAAUUAGGUAAGGUUUCACCACCCAAAAGAAAGACAAAGGGUCUGAAGACUUCUCCAGAACUUUGCACCAAGGUUGUAACUGAGAUCACCCGAGAACCUGUCAGACAGAAGUGUUUAGAGGAAACCCAAAUGAAACAAACCUUAAUCAGCAGGAAGUCAAAAGGUUUGGAUGUUUCUUCUUCUCAAGAGCCACUGUCUCCCCCAGUUGGAACAACUGAUGUGGCAUCUGUGGAAGUGGAGAAGGACAUUGGUAGAGAAAAGACCACAUCAAUUGUACAGACUGUCACAGAAACAACCAAGUCUGUCAUAGUGGUAGAAGAAAGUCUCUCUCCAAGCUCAGGAGUUUCAGAAAGUUCAGACAUUUGUCUCUCUAAGAAAACAGAGGCCACAGAGAAACCAGACAGCCAAAUAAGUGAAGCUGUUGUUGGCAAAACCAAAGUUAUAGCAACAAGGAGGACAUCAGAGGAGGGUCCUGAAUGUCAGCAACCAUGUCCAACUGCCCAUAUAAUCACAGAACCAAAUGAAACUACUGCUGUGGAAAUGGGUAUGUCUUCACCACCCAAAAGAAAGACAAAGGGUCUGAAGCCUUCUCCAGAACUUGCCACCCAGGUUGCAGCUGAGAUCACACAAGAACCUGUCAGACAGAAGUCUUUAGAGGAACCUGAAACAAAACAAACCCAAAUCAUCAGGAAGUCCAAAAGCUUUGAUAUAUUUGCUCCUCAAAAGACAAUAUCUAUCAGUGGUACAACUACUCAAGACGAUUCAAACCAAACUGAGAAAGACGCUACUUCAGUCGUUCAGGCAGUCAUCAGAGCAGCUGUUGGUACAAUUGUGGAAGAGCUGGAGCAGUCACCAACCACAACAGUGUCAACAAGCUCAGAGGUCCCUCAUCUUGGGGAAGAACAGAGCACAGAGAAGCCUGAUAGUCCAGUAACUGAUGAUGCUGUUGUGGAAUCAUCCAGAAGGACGUCAAAGGACAUUCCUGACAGUCAACAACCAGCUUCAAGUCCAGAUAUAAUUAAAGGACCAACGAAGACUACUGAUGUGGAAGUAGGUAAGGUUUCACCACCCAAAAGAAAGACAAAGGGGUCUGAAGCCUUCUCCAGAACUUACCACCAAGGUUGCAGCUGAGAUCACACAAGAACCUGUCAGACAGAAGUCUUUAGAGGAACCUGAAACAAAACAAACCCUAAUCAUCAGGAAGUCCAAAAGCUUUGAUAUAUUUGCUCCUCAAAAGACAAUAUCUAUCAGUGGUACAACUACUCAAGACGAUUCAAA